AUGGCGCCCGGCGCCUACGACCAGCGCCCCGUCGAGGUCCGUCCCGAUGUGCUGGUCUAUUCCACGCCGCCAAUGGAGCAGGACACCGAGGUUACCGGUCCCAUAACCGUAACCCUCUACGCAUCCACAUCCGCCAUAGACACAGACUUCACCGCCAAGCUCGUCGAUGUCGAACCCGACGGCUACGCCCGAAACCUCACCGACGGCGUCAUCCGCGCCCGCUACCGCACCCCGCGUGCGCCCGCGUCAUACAUCACACCGGGAGAUGUUGUCGAAUACACGAUCGACCUCUGGGCGACCGCAAACGUAUUCAAGAAGGGACACAGCAUCCGGGUCGAAAUCUCCUCCAGCAAUUUCCCCCGCUUCGACCGCAAUAUGAACACCGGCGGGACAAUCGGCGAAGACGGCUCAUUCGUCUCCGCCCUGCAAACCGUGCACCACUCCGCCGCGCACCCCUCCCACAUCACCCUCCCCAUAGUCCCCCGCGACUAA